AUUAAAAGUGACCAAGCCAGUUUGUGUAAUGCAAUGUGAAAUGGCAGUGUAAAUUUAAUAAAAAUAAGUUUUUGCAUUAAAAAGUUGUAUAAAAUUCACGCAGUAUUGAAAAUUAUUACGAAAUAAGUGUGUAAAGGUCGUUUGCAUGUUCGGAUAUUUGAUUACAAUACGCCAACAUUAGCCUACAAGUUUGACCCGGUCUCAGGAAGUUCGCAGCAAAAGGCAUAGUGAAACGAACGUGGAAAAUGGUCGGCGGCGGUGGCGGUGGUGACAAUAAAGUUGUGGCCACUUUACGAGCGGAUGGCAGUGUAUAUCCUGCAAGUGGCACUUCCAUUGGACAAUUAGUGAAUUUAAUGAAUUAUAAAAUUCGUACGGAAGUGGAUGUCAGCAAUAAGGCGCUCAAUACAUUCAGUGUACCAACAACCGUAGUGGAUUUGGGUAAACAACUAUUACAAUACGCGCGUGACGGUGAUCUGAAGGGUGUGAAGAAUAUGUUAUCGCGCGGUGCACCAUUUACCUCCGACUGGUUGGGCAUGUCGGCGCUACAUUUCGCAGCUAUGAAUAACCAAUAUGAAGUCUGUGAUGCGCUACUAAAGGGCGGCAUCAAUAAGGACUCCAAAACAAAAGUCGAUCGUACACCACUGCAUAUGGCCUGCUUCUACGGCAACGAACGCAUAGUCGAACUGCUGCUAUCCAAGAAGUGUGUAGUGAAUCCAAGAGAUAUGCUGCGCAUGACACCAUUGCAUUGGGCUGUAGAGAAGGGACACAAAUCCAUUGCGCGCCUACUGCUCAAGCACAAUGCUGAUGUGACACUUACUUCUAAAUUCGGCAAAACACCCAUCGCACUUGCGGUGCUGACGGAGCAAGCCGACUUACUCGAGGAAUUGGAGACGGCACGCCAGUCGCAAAUAAACCGCAAAUAUAAUGAGGAGCAUGAGGUGCGGUCCAAACGUUGCAAAAAAGAGACAUCGGAUGCAGUGAACUCUAUAAUGGGCUUGACCACAUUUAGCACGGAAGAGCCAAUGAGUUCAACAAAAAUCACAUUGGAAGUCGAUGAUGAACUAACAAAUAAUAGCGACUUCGCCGAGUCCAAAAUGUCCGAUUUGGCGAACAUUAAGGAAACUGGCGUGCUAGACAAAACCACUAUUAAUAUGCUCAAGGACCACGGCAUUUCCAUGAUGCCAGAGGACGAAGACACUUCCAAGGAGUUACUCACCACAGCCUUACAGAAUGGCCGCCAAUUGGUGCUCUCCGAGGGUGGCAAAUUGUUGCUUAAUGAAACGAAAAAAAUACACAACAACAACAAUAUCAUCAGCAGUAAAAGUGCCUCCAGCAGCAGCAGUGGAAAUACGAAUGCCAACACCAGCAAUGUGAGAAAUUAUACAGUCUUGCCUGUGCGCGGUACGCUAGCGUCGCGUACACAAAACUAUAAAGCGCGCGCCAGCAUCAUAUCGAAAGCGAAAGACAAUCUCAAUAUGUAUAAGAACGUGCGCAUUAUUUCACUAAACGAUUUUAAAAAGUUUUACGGCAAUACAAACAUUAAGGGCGUGCAAAAAAUCCCAGCUUCCAUGGCGAGCGAACGUUUGGCGCGCAUAAGGCAAAUUAGCGAAGAACAACGAAUACUUAAUCCUGGCAAUCGACAGGUUUACACGAAUACACGCACCUUUGCACAGCGACAGUUAAAAUCUGGCCAAACUAUUGUAAAAACCGAGCAACCGUCGUCUAUAAUAGCCGAGGAUGAUGAUAUCGAUUCGAUCAUACAAUUGGCGCCCACCGAUAGUGAUACCGAAAUGUCGGACGGCGAACAUGCGCAACAGCAGCAGCAGCAAGCGCAACAAGUGCAAAAACAAAAUCAGCAACCACAAAAAACGACUACCAUUAGCGUACAAGGCACUAAACAAUUGCUAAAUAUCUCAGCGCCGCCACUAAUACGUCAAUUAACGACCAAAACGGGUACGCUCGUUGGCACUAAACUCAAUACGUCCGGCGGUGAAGUCGCCAAGCCGCAAACAGGUUCCACUGUCAUUUCGCUAUUAUCUGUGCCGGAGAUAUGCCGCCAACUCUACGAGCUGCGACGGCAAAACGAUGAGCUAAAACGCAAAUUCGAAACGGCACAGAAGGAGAAGGAAGAGAUGCGUCAACGUUUGGAUCGUUUGGAGGAGUUGUUGCUGGUGGAGAAGACGGAUGAUGGCUAUGUGGAUACCUAGUGGUAGCCGUUAAAAUAUUAUUUUUUAAUUUCUUACUUUUUAUUUAAUUGCAAGUAUUUUGUAUUUUCUUACAAUAUACACUUAGAACACAUACACAUACAUAGGAAUGUAGUUGUGUAAUGAUCAUUCGUGCUAAAGCGCCUUUAAUUGAAUGUGAAUGUGGUCGCUCGCAAUAUGCAUUCGUUAACAAAACUAUAUUACAUUUAAUUAAAUAAGUACAGCGCUCGUCUGCAAUAUCGAGCCGUCAUAAAUAAGUUGAAAUAUCAUUUAAUUUAAUUUGUAACUGUAAAUAUUUAAUUUUAUGUUCUUCAUAACAUAACAUAACAUAACAAAGCAAAGCGUUGCACUUCGCCACUGAAUUUGUAAGGUCUAAAAGUUUGUAUGCUAAAUAUUCAUUAAAUUUCAAUAAGCACCAGUGUACUACACUUUAAUCGUCUCACAAUACUAAAUACAACAGCAGCAAAUUAAAUUUAAUUAAUUGAAUCAAUAUAAUGUUUACAUAUUGCUGUUACUUUAAUUUCAUUGUUGUUAAACAAAAUAAAUCAAAAGCUAAGAUAU